GCGCCGCUGGCUACGCUUUGGCUGCUCCUGGCCGCUGCCUUCCUCGUGGCGCUGCUGGUGCGGGGGGGCGCGGGGCUGGGCGUCCUCGAUGGGCUGCUCCGCUACGGGAAGACCCGGAGCUGCUGCGGGCCGGGCCCGGCCUGGCUCCGCCUCGGCGCCGUGCCCAAGAGGUGGUUUACUCACUUCUAUGUGGUUUCUGUGACCUGGAAUGGCUUUUUGCUGCUCCUGCUUAUUCAAGCUUUGUUCCUAGAAAGGCCUUUCCCGGUUUGGCUUCGGGAUCUGCUCAGUGUUCUCAGUGGGUCUUCACAGAACCAGGGUUAUGAGCACCUGUCUGUCUUCUUGGUUCUCCUCCUGUUUUGGCUGCACAGUCUUCGAAGACUCACAGAGUGCAUCUGCAUCAGCGUGUUCUCCAAUAGCGUCAUGCAUAUUGUGCACUACUGCUUUGGACUUGCUUACUAUAUUGGCAUUGGAUUAACUGUGCUAUGUCAAGUACCAGUUAGUGUCAGGAAUGGGAAUAGCCUUUGGAUGCAAAUCCACUGGUAUCACAUCCUGGGAAUUACACUGUACAUUUGGGCUUCUAUUCAUCACAACAGAUGUCAUGUGAUUCUAGCUAAGCUUAGAAAAAAUAAAUCGGGAAACGUUGUAAGUUUGAAUCACAGUAUUCCUUUUGGAGACUGGUUUGAGAGGGUCUCCUGCCCGCACUAUUUUGCAGAACUCCUAAUAUACGUCUCCCUAGCCAUCACAUUUGGAUUUUACAACUUGACUUGGUGGCUUGUAGUGAUGUUUGUACUGUUUAAUCAGGCAUUGGCUGCCAUUUUGUGCCACGAGUUCUACCUGACCACAUUCAGCUCCUAUCCAAAGCAUCGAAAAGCAUUUAUACCAUUCCUCUUUUAAGAUAUUCAUUAAU